AUGGCAGGAGCUGAAUCAAACAGGCCCAUCACAAAGAUCAGAAGGUUCAUAGGGGUCAGGCAAAGGCCUUCAGGAAGGUGGGUGGCUGAGAUCAAAGACUCAUCUCAACACGUGAGGCUAUGGCUGGGGACCUAUGACACCCCGGAGGAAGCGGCUCGGGCUUAUGAUGAAGCGGCUCGGACCCUGCGUGGCGAAAACGCCCGAACCAACUUCGCACUGCCAGCUAGCCAAUCAGCCACGGGUGAUCAAUCUGGGUCCGAGGCCAAGCAUGGGAUAAAUUUUUCUUCUUUGAAAGCUAAGCUGAGCAAGAAUCUUCAGAGUAUAAUGACCAGAUCAGGAAGCGAAACGACGUCGUUCAAAAGUAGAGUGAGUGACCAUAUCACUUUUGCUAGCAUAUUUCAUCACAAGAGGAGUUUCCUGCCGUACCAAAUCUCUUCACUUGGUACAAUGAAGAACAUGGAUUGUAUGGUUCAGCCUAGUAUUAUAGUACCUCCUGCUAAAACUGAUAACGAUCAGCCUUGCGGUUCUUGGGAAAAUUCCUGUGCCUCUGAUUGUGGCUGCUCCAAUCAUGGGGUUGGGCUCCGGCAAACUGCAACGGACUCUGCAGUGUCGGACGGGUCGGAUUCUGGGGAGGUUAUUAGUACUUUGGGGGAUCAAGGGUUUAUGGAGCAAGUGAUGGGGUGGAUCAAUAGCAGCCCUGAGGAAGGUUCAAGGAGUAAGAGGCUUAAGGUGUCAUCUUCAGUAUUUGUGCCUCCAACUUUUAGUGGGUCUCCAAGUUGUGUUAGUGGUAGUUGUGGCUCUCCUUGUUAUGGUUAUGGUUCUCCAUAUGUAUGA